UCCAAAGCUCGUAGGAUCGUAGCAGCGAUGUGGAGGAUACGGCUACUCACACUGGUCCUGCUGACCCUCGUCCAGCUGCAGGGGCGCGGCAGCGUCCUCGGGCAGAAGUACUACAUGAACUUUGCCUUCAACAACAACAAUCCCGAUGGGGCCCUCAGCGGCGAGGGCAUUGGCGGAGGCGCUGAGAAACAGGCCCCACAAAAUUUCGGCGAUCAUGGGACCGGGGAUGAAGGUGACCAUGACAACGAUAACCUCAGCUAUCAUAACGAUAAUAACGCUGAUGGAGACGAUAAUAACGGAGAUCAUAACGAAGAAGCCCAAGGUGAUCAUGGCGGCGAUCACGACGGCGAUGGGGGCGAUGGGGGCGACGGGGAUGACGGUGGCGACGGGGGAGGCGAUUAUGGAGGAGAUGAUGGAGGCCAUGAUGGAGCGGAUGGUGGAGGCGAUCAUGGAGGUGAUGGAGACGGCGACGGUGACGGUGGAGAUGGCAAUCAUGACGGCGGCGAUGAUAUGGGUGUUCCCGGCGAUGUGGGUGACGACGACGACAGCGACAGCAAAGACGAAGGCGAUCGUCGCAAAAGGAUGGCCGAAAUGAACGCCAACGAAGGCGCCGCCAAAGCGGCUGGAGAACACAGCCACCACAGCAGCUACGAGAUCAGCAUCGACGACAGCUUCGGCGGACGCUACAUACGCUCCAUCUACGAGAGCAGCGAAAGCCACGGCCACUCCGGCAGCAAGGGCGGCUCCGGCAGUGGUGGCGUUGGCAAGGACAGUUCUGCCAGUCAGGGUGGAGAAGACACCUUAGUGAAUGGCCACCCUCCAGUGGGGCCAUUAGGCGUCAAAAAAAGAACGUACGGGGAGAGUGACUACGAGGAAUACAACGGGGAUAACUGAGCUAUAACCCGGCGGCCGUGGAGUUUCGGAGGUUGAAGCCUCUUCACAUGAAUACAUUAACUAUAUGUCAAUAAAAUUUUAAAUAUAGAAAAGCGAA